AUGGGGCUGCGGAGACGGCUUGGGAUCAUGACGAGCCGUGAUUACUCCCUAUCUCCCUCCCUCCCUCCCUCCCUCCCUCCCUCCCUCCCUCCCUCCCUCUCUCCCUCCCUCCCUCCCUCCCUCCCUCCCUCCCUCCCUCCCUCCCUCCCUCCCUCCCUCUCUCCCUCCCUCCCUCCCUCCCUCCCUCCCUCCCUCCCUCCCUCUCUCCCUCCCUCCCUCUCUCCCUCCCUCCCUCCCUCCCUCCCUCCCUCCCUCCCUCCCUCUCUCCCUCCCUCCCUCCCUCCCUCCCUCCCUCCCUCCCUCCCUCCCUCCCUCCCUCCCUCCCUCCCUCCCUCCCUCCCUCCCUCCCUCCCUCCCUCCCUCCCUCCCUCCCACCCUCCCUCCCUCCCUCCCUCCCUCCCUCCCUCCCUCCCUCCCUCCCUCCCUCCCUCCCUCCCUCCCUCUCUCCCUCCCUCCCUCCCUCCCUUUCUCCCUUUCUCCCUCCCACCGUACAGGACCGCUUAA